CCUCUGGCGUCGGAUAAUGGACUGUACCUCCUACCGACCGAUGCGAGAACGGCUCCAGUUGCCAGAGUUUUUGUGGCUUUUGAUUAAUUACACCGGAGUGAAACACUUGUCAGCUCUUUGUGUUGCCCGAUAAAUUAGAGGCUCAUGAGACUUUACACAGUCAUUCAGGUGAGGACGCUGCGUGUGCGCGGACAUACAGCCUAUCCGUAGACGACCUUUCACGCGCAGCACCACGACUGUACAUUUUUGUACAACGAGAAAGGGACUAAUAAUUUACAACUGUACUUUUGCCGAGCUGUGGAGGUUUUCGUGCCUUGAUGUGUGUUUCCUUAGGACAGCACUUGAAACGAUAAUACAGGUUAAGGGGUUAUUUCAAUGGUUGGAAGACAGUCGAUCCGUAUGGAUGGCAUUGGUUCUGUGACAGUUAUGGAUGACAGUCCCGCACCAAGCCCCAACUCGAGCCCCAGUCCCGACACGCUCUCAGCGGACAGCCGGCGCGCAGAGGCCCUGUCCCACGCCAGGGUGGUCCCGUCUAGUGGCCUCGGUGGCAGAGGGAGACCCGCAGCAGCCAACGCAGCGCGCGAGAGGAGUCGCGUGCAGACGCUCAGGCAUGCGUUCCUCGAGCUGCAGAGAACAUUACCGUCGGUGCCACCGGACACCAAACUGUCCAAACUCGACGUCUUGAUAUUGGCAACCACAUACAUAGCGCAUUUAACGAGAACCUUACAAGAGGAAGGGAUGGAAGAGGACAACACAAAACAAACUGAAGCUUUGAAUUCACUUAAAGGCGAUGGCUACUUGCAUCCUGUGAAAAAAUGGCCAAUGCGUUCAAGAUUGUAUAUCGGUGCCACUGGCCAGUUCCUGGGUAACUCGAAUGAAAAUCAAGGGGCAUCUUCAUCAUCGUCUCAAACAUAGCCUAGAUUAUUUGCACAAAAGGUUGUUGGAAGUAAUGAUUUAAAAAUGAAGGUUAAAAAAAAUGUUGUUGUUUUAGUAAUUUUGUUGCAUAAAUUGUCCAGUUGCAGCCUGUACAUUUUUGUUUUACGCUACAAAUGAACAGAA